AUGGCGGCGGGCUUCCUCAAGUCGGGCGACCUGGGCCCCCAUCCGCACAGCUACGGGGGUCCGCACCCGCACCACUCGGUGCCCCACGGACCCCUGCCGCCCGGCAUGCCCAUGCCCUCGCUGGGGCCCUUCGGCCUCCCACACGGACUGGAGGCCGUCGGGUUCUCCCAAGGUAUGUGGGGCGAUCUAUGCUAUCCAGGCGUCAACACACGAAAACAGCGUCGCGAACGCACCACAUUCACACGCGCCCAAUUGGACGUCUUGGAGGCCCUGUUCGGCAAGACCCGUUACCCUGACAUAUUCAUGCGCGAAGAAGUGGCCCUCAAGAUCAAUCUGCCCGAAUCCAGAGUACAGGUGUGGUUCAAGAAUCGCCGCGCCAAGUGCCGCCAGCAGUUGCAGCAGCAGCAGCAGUCGAACAGCUUGAGCAGCUCGAAGAACGCCAGCGGCGGCAGCGGCGCCAGCUGCAGCAGCUCCUCCGGCAACAGUCGCAGCAACGGCAACAACAACGGCGGCAGCAGCGGCAACAACAACUCACAGAGCUCCGGCGGCAACAACGGCAACAAGUCGUCCCAGAAGCAGGGCAACUCGCAGUCCAGCUCCUCCGGCGGCGGCAACAACAGCAACAACAACUCCGCGGCAGCAGCGGCCAGUGCAGCGGCAGCGGUGGCAGCGGCCCAAUCGAUCAAGACGCACCACAGUUCCUUUUUGAGCGCCGCCGCGGCGGCAGCCUCGGGCGGUACGAAUCAGUCGGCCAACAACAAUAGCAACAACAACAACAACCAAGGCAACUCAACGCCCAACAGCAGCAGCAGCGGCGGCGGCGGCGGAAGCCAAGCGGGCGGACACCUAUCCGCCGCAGCAGCAGCGGCGGCCCUGAACGUGACCGCCGCCCACCAGAACUCCUCGCCACUGCUGCCCACGCCGGCCACGUCCGUCAGUCCGGUGAGCAUCGUCUGCAAAAAGGAGCACUUGUCCGGCGGCUAUGGGUCCAGUGUGGGCGGCGGCGGUGGCGGCGGCGGCGGCGGUGGCGCCUCCUCCGGCGUGGGCCUCAACUUGGGCGUGGGCGUUGGCGUGGGCGUGGGCGUUGGUGUGGGCGUGUCGCAGGACCUGCUGCGCUCGCCCUACGAUCAGCUGAAGGACGCUGGCGGCGACAUUGGCGCCGGAGUGCAUCAUCAUCACAGCAUCUACGGCUCGGCGGCCGGCAGCAAUCCGCGCCUGCUGCAGCCGGGCGGCAACAUAACACCGAUGGACAGCAGCAGCAGCAUCACCACCCCAUCGCCGCCGAUCACACCGAUGUCGCCGCAGUCGGCUGCCGCAGCGGCACACGCCGCCCAAUCGGCCCAGUCCGCCCACCACUCCGCCGCCCAUUCGGCCGCCUACAUGUCCAAUCACGAUUCGUACAACUUCUGGCACAACCAGUACCAGCAGUAUCCGAACAACUACGCCCAGGCGCCCAGCUACUACUCGCAGAUGGAGUACUUCAGCAAUCAGAACCAGGUGAACUACAACAUGGGCCACUCGGGCUACACGGCCUCCAACUUCGGCCUGUCGCCAUCGCCAUCCUUCACGGGCACCGUGUCCGCGCAGGCCUUCUCCCAGAACAGCCUGGACUACAUGUCGCCGCAGGACAAGUACGCGAACAUGGUGUAG